GCCGGAGUUCGGAGAGGGACGGGACCUGCAGCUCGGAGCGGCGGAAACAUGCGCUCUCACGGAAAGUCCCGCGUCGGCGGCUCACUCGUCGCGCCUCCUCCGGUACACCCUUCGACUCUCAGUCCACGUGUUUCGGCGCCUCGUCGUCGAGGGGGCGAUGUUUAAACGGUCGGACGACAGACUGCUAACAGGUCGGGGGGGUUGAAGAGUGGAUGUAGCCGUCGGUGGGGAGGAAAGAGAAACGGUGUGCAGCUGCCCGCCGCGGACACCCGCCGGUGUUUGUCCGGUUUAACGCAGCGGAGGAGGAAGAGGAGCAGCCAUGCAGGUGAAGAAGCACCGGGACUCGGAGCGGAGCGGCGGGGACAUGCUGGAGACAGACGGCCUCCAAAAAGCGCCGACAUGCUUCUCAAACAUCAAGAUCUUCUUGGUGGCGGAGUGCGCGCUGAUGCUCGCGCAGGGCACCGUGGGCGCGUACCUGGUGAGCGUGCUGACCACCCUGGAGCGGCGGUUCAACCUGCAGAGCGCAGACGCCGGUGUGAUCGCCAGCAGCUUUGAGAUAGGCAACUUGGCGCUGAUCCUGUUUGUCAGCUACUUCGGGGCCAAAGCGCACCGGCCUCGUCUGAUCGGCUGUGGCGGCAUCGUCAUGGCCCUCGGCGCUCUUCUGUCUGCUCUGCCCGAGUUUUUGACUAACCAGUACGAGAUAGUGAAAAUCCAGAGGACUGACCUGGGUCGGGACGUUUGCUCCAACAGUAGCGAGCCUCUCCAGGAGGACACUUUUUGCGCCCUAAAGACCAACACCAACAUGAUGUACCUGCUGCUGAUCGGAGCCCAGGUCCUUUUGGGGAUUGGCGCCACACCAGUGCAGCCCUUGGGGGUUUCCUACAUCGAUGAUCAUGUGAAGAAGAAAGACGCCUCCCUCUACAUAGGAAUCCUUUUCUCUACCCUGGUGUUCGGACCCGCCUGUGGCUUCAUCCUCGGCUCCGUCUGCACUAAGUUCUACGUGGACUUCAUCUUCAUUGACACAGAUGUGCUGGGCAUCACUCCAGACGACCCGCGGUGGAUCGGGGCCUGGUGGGCCGGCUUCCUCCUGUGCGGUGCCUUACUGUUUUGCUCGGCCCUCUUCAUGUUCGGCUUCCCUCACUCGCUGCCGACGAAGGAGAGAGACGAGGGAACAGAGAGCAAGCAGGUGAUGCUCCCUCCACCCCUCAGCCCCGAUUCGGACACUUCAAAGACCAGCAAUGGAGUGGUGCUAAGCCAUGAGCCUGGCAACAGCGCCACCUGCUGGCAGCAGCUGAGAGUGAUCCCCAAAGUGACAAAGCACCUGCUGUCCAACCCGGUGUUCACCUGCAUCGUCCUGGCAGCCUGCAUGGAGGUGGCCGUCGUGGCGGGCUUCGCAGCCUUCCUGGGGAAAUACCUGGAGCAGCAGUUCAACCUCACCACCACCUCGGCAAACCAGCUGUUAGGUAUGACAGCCAUUCCAUGCGCGUGUCUGGGGAUCUUCAUAGGCGGCCUGCUGGUGAAGAAGCUGAACCUCUCUGCUCUUGGAGCCAUCCGCAUGGCCAUGAUGGUCAACCUGGUCUCCACGGCCUGCUACAUCUCCUUCCUGUUCUUGGGCUGCGACACGGGUCCCGUCGCUGGAGUCACCGUCUCGUACGGCAACGAGACUCUGAACGUUGGACAGAAGCCCGACGCUCAGUGCAUCAGUCACUGCACCUGCUUCACCUCCUCCAUCAGCCCCGUCUGCGGCUCCAACGGCGUCACCUACCUGUCUGCCUGCUUCGCCGGCUGCAGCCGAGCGGGAGUCCAUCAGUCCAACAUCUCGCAGAACCUGACAGGAUGUACGUGUAUAUCUGCUGAAAGUGACGCCGCCCAUGCGCUUCCAGGGAAAUGUCCGAUGCCAGGCUGCCAGGAGGCUUUCCUCAUCUUCCUGUGCGUGAUCUGUCUCUGCAGCCUGGUGGGGGCCAUGGCCCAGACGCCCUCCGUCAUCGUCCUCAUCAGGUCGGUGAGCCCUGAACUGAAAUCCUACGCGCUCGGAGUCUUGUUCCUUCUUCUACGGCUUUUCGGAUUCAUACCCCCUCCUCUGAUCUUCGGUGCUGGGAUCGACUCCACUUGCCUUUUCUGGAGCUCGGACUGCGGCGAGCAGGGCGCCUGCCUGCUGUACGACAACGUGAAAUACAGACACCUCUACGUGAGCCUGGCCAUCAUCCUCAAGAGCGUGGCCUUCCUCCUGUACAGCACUGCGUGGUAUUGCUUGCGCAGGAACUACAAGAAGUACAUCAAAGGAAACGAGGACCCCUUGACGCAGACGGAGUUUUACCCGUCUCUCAACGAUGGUCCAAAGUCCACGGACAGGACAAAGUUUAUAUACAACCUCGAGGACCACGAGUUUUGUGAAAACAUGGAGUCGGUUUUAUAA